CACCCCUGUUGAAGGACAUAAGAAAAGAAAAACCCAAGCGGAGUUUAAAAGCAUACUCAGAAAUUAAUGUAUUUCUGUUUUAUUUCGGUAAAACUUCCUUCGCAUUUUAUCUUCCAUUUUCAGUCUUAUAACUAUUUCUAAACUGUUCUUAUAAAGAGUCCCAUAUUAAAAGGGCUGUUCUAUUUAGGAAAUCUUAGAUCAAAAUAGCAAUUAUGCAGAUUGAUCCUCCACCCUCUUCCUGAUGUCAAGGCCUUUCUUAUGAAACAAUUUCUUGUUGCAGUUAAAUUUGAAAUAGUCAAUAGCCUUUGUGGGCUUCUGAAGACUGACUAUUAAAGAGCUGGUAGGAAGGACACAAAGUGUCUUCCUGACCUCACAAAGAUAACAGAGUGGAAAUGAAAAUUGUAAAGAGUACCAAAUUCGAAGUAAUUUUGACCAAGUCUUGUCUCUGUUUAGUUACAUUUUCACUUUUAAGGAUGCGGGUGUCACUUCUGUCAGACACAUUUGGCAGGAGGAGGGUGGUAAUGCUACCGUGCUGAUACUGAACCUGAGAAGAAAAUGCUGGGAUAAACCUUCAGUUUGCACAACUGGGGCAUAGCCAGCUCCUCAGCAAACACUGCUGGGAUUAAUUUCAUCACUGUCUUAGUAAAUCUGAAUAUUUCUUCAUCAUGCUCAUGGAUAAAAUCUGAGAAAGCAUUUAACUGUGGUGUGAAUUAGUUAUAAUCCCUUACAGAGUUUUGUAUGGGCAGAUGAGUGAGAUCUGAGUAGGGACAGAUUAACAGGAUGUUGUUGGCUUUUGUUUGUUUUAAGUAGCACAGGCAAAUGGUUAUGGCCUGGUAUCCCUUACAGGCUACACAUUGUUUCUUAUGAAUGCUGCUUUAAACUAUACGAUAAUCAGUUUUGUCUACUGCCAGCAUCAAAUGUGGGUUCCUCCUGCAGUGAAGCUAGUACACACAUCAGUGCUACAGUAAUGAUGACAAAACAAUUAGGUUUUUUUUUUUUGGUAUUUAGUCAUAAUAAUGGUGGGGUGGUGAUGUUUGUUAGUGAGAGUUGAAUUUGGCAGUCAGACAUUAACAAGCAGGUCAAAGGCAUUUCAUUAAGAAAAAAUGCACAGGAGGCAUUUCCUAUGGCACCCUCCGUAGAUGGCCACACCAUUACAUGUGCUGCCGCCAAGAGCAGCCCUGGGGAGUACAAAAAGGGGUCCUUGCUUCCCCUCGGCCGCUUGUGGUGUGGGUUUGCUACAGCUGUCUGCAAGGGAUGCAGCAGCGCUAUGCCCGGUCCCUUCUGCACGUGCUAUGCGCUUGACUUAAAUCUGCCACGUAGAUGUACCUUGUGGGUAGGAAAAUCUCUGCAGGUGUGGUGGGGACAGGGGCUGCCUAACACUCGGUUGAAGCAGGCAAGUGCUGCUAGUUCAUUCAUUUUGUUUUCAGUGUAGGGGAUCCCUAUUUCAGAUGAUGAAAAAUUAAAACCCGGAAAUCUGACAAGCGUACAGUGUUCCUUUUCAGUGUGGUUUCCUCUUAACUGGUGCAGAAAUGCAGACGGAGCAAAUUAAACUAACUCUCCAAGCUAGACGCUUCCAAACCAUGCUGUGCCUAUCGCUAGUGAAAAAGGAUGCACGGCUGCCACUGAGCUGAGGGCUGGCAAUGCCAAUGACAGAAAGCGCCGCUGCUGCUGCUGCUGCCGCCACCGCCGUGCUCAGGGCAGGGGACGUAACAGCUGCAGGCUGCUGAAGUCGGUUCAACAUAAGGUUACCUUCUGAAGCUGCAGAAUGAGUUACUGGAAUUAAAGGACAUUACUUGUCACAGCAUUCGAUGUUUGUGUGUGAGGUGUGAUUAUCUGGCUGUACCAGAUUCUGGAGAAAAGGGAAAAAAAUAAAAAACACCAAACAAACAAAACUGGUUUGCUAAGGGGAAAAAAGUUUCUAUGGCAACAAGUAAGUUUGCUUAACAAUAGAAACUGAGUGACAACAAACAUAACCAUUCUUUGUUUAUAUAGAAGUCUGUGUAACAUAAUGGUACCCAGCAGUACAGCAAUGUGAAAAAAACUCUUACUAGAAAGGUACAGAAAAUCACAAUGAGAGACAGUGCAUUGCAUUUUGCUGGUUUUGCUAACUGCACAAACAGAUGAACUUUACGAUUACAGUUAAACUUACCUCUAUCUAUGGCUGCUAUUUCGGGGCAUAGGUUGAUAAGACAACAUUAUCAUAACUGUACAGAUAAGUUACUGUAAACAAAAACUAAUGACUGCCAAAAUACCCAUCCUCCCUGUCUUCCAGCCUUGCGUUGUGUGGCCUUGCUCCAGCCCUGCUCCUCACCUGCUCUGGAGGCAGCAGUACCUGCAGGGACGCACUCCCUUCAAGUGUCAAGCAGCUGGAUGGACACGACCAUCACAGCAAGGCACCGAACACAGCAGCUCUGCUGCACUGAGGGUCUGCAGGGACUGGGGGAGCACCUGUACCCAAGGUCUACCAUCAAAUAAUCUCCCAGGGCUUCCCAGCCUCAUGAGUCCUGUCCUGGCUGGUGAGCAGUCCAACCAAGAGUUCUCUGGACUCCCGAGUUCAGGAAAGGAAUAGAAAUGUCGCAGUGCUCACACAAACACAGUUUGAAGAGGAAUGACUGGUAAGUGAGGAAUCAGGGUUCCUACUGAGAAAGCACUGGGCUGUCCAGCCAGCAUCCCCUCUUAUUCAGCCACGUGCAACUGGAGGAACGCUUACUCAGAGUGACUUUGUGCUGACCUAAUCUAACAAAAGGAUGGAUUUCACAGAGGCGUAUUCUGAUCGGUGUUCCACUGUGGGACUUGCAGCAAGAGAAGGAAACGUUAAAAUGCUGAGGAAACUGAUUAAACAGGGGUACAGUCUUGAUGUCCCAGAUAACAGGGGGUGGAUGCCAAUCCACGAAGCAGCAGCUCACAAUUCCAGUGAAUGUCUGAGGCUGCUAAUUGAUGCAGCUCCAUCUGACAACUACAUAAAUUCAAAGACGUUUGAAGGAAUGGGUGCACUGCACCUUUCUGCACGCUGUGGGUCUUUGGAAAGCAUCGGUGUUCUUCUAGAAGCUGGAGUCAAUGCUGAUGAAGUUACCACUGAGGCAACCACCGCGCUCUUCCUAGCUGUUGAAAACGGACAUGUAGAGGUUGUAAAGCUUCUGCUCCAACAUGGAGCAAAUGUUGAAGGACCUCAUUCCUGGUCUGGGUGGAAUUCUUUGCACCAAGCUGCUUUUCAGGGAUACACUGAGAUAAUUAAAAUACUCCUGGAGAAAGGGGCAAGCAUUGAGUGUAAGGACGACUUUGGAAUUACACCUUUGUUUGUUGCUGCUCAGUAUGGAAAGCUGGAGAGCUUAAGAGUGCUUGUAUCCCAUGGCGCAGACAUCAACUGUCAGGCCAAAGACAGAGCCACUCCGCUACUGAUUGCUGCGCAGGAGGGCCAUGCCAAGUGUGUGGAGCUGUUACUGUCAAAAGGGGCAGAUCCAAACCUCUACUGCAACGAGGAUAACUGGCAGUUACCUAUUCACGCAGCAGCUGAAAUGGGCCAUAAAAAUAUACUAGAGAUGCUAAUACCAAUUACUGACCGGAUUUGUGACAAAGAAAAAGGCAAAGUGAGCCCUGUGUACUCAGCAGUAUAUGGAGGUAAUAAAGAAUGUUUGGAAAUGUUACUUAAAGAAGGCUACAGUCCAGAUGCUCAGGAGUGCCUUAGCUUCGACUGCAGAUCACCCAUGUGUAUGGUUUUCCAAAAAAGUAAGUUUUUUAAUUUAAUUGGUAUUUUUCUGAAAUACGGGAUCACGCUGCUUGGGAUCAAUUUGGGAUAUUGCCUGUGCCAUGAAAAGUUUACGUUGUUUCGACACUUCUUGAAGUUGGGCUGUUCACUGCCUUCUGGCGAUCAGUUAUCAGAGUUCAUAAGUUACGCAGUUAAAGCACAUGAGGAGUACAAGGAAUGGCUGCCCCACCUGCUCUUGGCUGGUUUUAAUCCAGUGAAUUUGCUGUUCAGGUUCUGGAUUUACUCUGUGAGUGAGGAUGUCCUUAAUUUCAUUCUGGAGUUCACAAACUGGAAGAGACUUCCCCCAGCUGUCGAACGAGACCUUUCAGACUACAAAGAGAAAUUCAGCUGGACUCCCAAGAGCCAUUUUGCCUUCAUUCCUUCCCUGUCUCACCUGUGUCGUCUUGAGAUCCGGUCCAUUUUAACGAGUGAACGCCUCCGAUCGGACCGGUUCAUCCGGGACUUGCCGCUGCCGGCCUGUCUGCAGGACUACCUCCUGUACCUAGAUGUACUGCGCGUCAGCGCUGUCCCAGACCAGGAGGAUUGCCUGGGGCAGAGAGAGGAGGCAGUUUACUCUGCCACCACCUCCAGCUCUGAAGAUGCAGAGAGGAGGGACAGUCUGUAACGCCAGCGCUAGCUGAUGGCACUGCCAGCGAUGCAACGCCGUGGCUGCAGGUUUUGUAAAGGCAGUUAGCAGGCACCAGGAAAAUACUGCUGAAAUAAGUCUUUUCAUGCUGCAGUUUUAUACUAUAUUGGGACAUUUGUUACAAGCUCUAUGAUGUGCUCAUUUAAAAAGUCUUCUUGUAGCCUUCUAGGUCUGCAAAUAUUUUCUGAUUUUGAAAGGAAGUGUUUAACUCUUGCAGAGUAAAAUUAGCUUGUUCAAUGAACAGAGCUUAUAUAGUAGCUGAAAUCUAUUUGGUCAGACACUGUUAGUAGAUACCGCAUUCUAAGUACAGCAUAUACAGUACAAGGAAAACAAUGGCAUAUUAUUGUUGUGAAGUUGUAUGUUGGGGCGUAAUCUAGCUGAACCAGAGGUAGAAAAUUAAUGAGAAAAGGUAGGGUUUCCUAAAUAAACUUUUCCCCCCCCCUCCUCUUUCCUUGUUCAUCUGUAUUCAGCACUUGGAGAGCUGUUGUUCUUUUAUCAUCAUUUUCAGUCAUCUUUGAGCACCUCUUCCAAUGUCACUUCCCUUGGAACCGUUUGUGCCUGUCUCCCCCCCCACACUGUUGCUUUUAGUCAAUAUUUUUGUAGUUACUGAAGAGCAAAUCAUUGCAUAUGAACAUUAAUAAGUUAAUAUGAUCCAAAGUCAAGGGAUUUGUUUGCAUCUCUUAGUCAGUAACUAAUACACCAAUUUAUUUAAAACUGUUUACAACCUUGAUUUAGAGUAAUAAUUUCUUAAGAAUAUCCCUUACACCUCAAAUAUGUUUACAGCUAGCACUGAAGCCUAUAAGAGCUGCAGCUAUAAUUUGGAGAAAUAGUUGCAGUUUUCUGCUCAAAUUUACUGCAGGAUGUAACUUUAACUUUUGUGUUCUUUAGUAGCAAACUGAAUUAUAAAAUAAAUGAGAUCCUUUCCUCUAAAUAGAAUUUCUUGCAUAAAAUCUGAUUAACUUGUAGUGUUUGUUUUUUUUAUACAAAACUGUAUCAAAGUGCACACUUUCAUUAUUAGAGUACAACACAUUUUGCAGCCAUUAUAAACUAAUUUUCUUUGUGUUAGCAACUACUUCUCUUAACAAAGGAUAUAUGAGAAAAUAAAAAAUACAUUGAAGAGU